AUGCAGCCCCUGUGGCUCUGCUGGGCACUGUGGGCGCGGCCCCUGAUCAGUCCCGCGGCGGCCCUGACCGAGGAGCAGAUCCUGGGCAGCCUGCUGCAGCAGCUGCAGCUCAGCGAGGUGCCCGUCCUGGACGAGGGCGACGUGAAGGAGCUGGUCACCCCGGCCCACGUGGGGGCCCAGUACGUGGCCCUGCUGCAGCGCAGCCACGGGGCCCACUCCCGAGGGAAGAGGCUCAGCCAGAACUUCCGAGAGGUGGCCGGCCGGCUCCUGGCGUCCGAGGCCUCCCGGCACCUGCUGGUGUUCGGCCUGGAGCAGCGGCUGCCGCCCGACCGCGAGCUGGUUGGGGCCGCGCUGCGCCUCUUCCAGGAGCCGGUCCCCAGGGCCGCGCUCCGCAGGCACGAGCGGCUGUCCCCGCGCAGCCCCCGCGCCCGCGUCACCGUCGAGUGGCUGCACGUCCGCGACGACGGCUCCAACCGCACCGCCCUCAUCGACUCCAGGCUGGUGUCCGUCCACGAGAGCGGCUGGCGGGCCUUCGACGUGACCGAGGCCGUGAGCUUCUGGCGGCAGCUGAGCCGGCCCCGGCAGCCGCUGCUGCUGCAGGUGUCUGUGCAGAGCGAGCCCCCGGGCCCGCGGGCCUCCGGCGCCCACAGGCUGGUCCGCUUCGCCGCCCAGGGCCCGGCGGGCGGCGCGCGGGGCGAGCCCCAGCUGGAGCUGCACAGCCUGGAGCUCAGCCACCGCGGAGCUCCGGGGGACUGUGAACCUGAGGCGCCAGUGACCGAGGGCACCCGCUGCUGCCGCCAGGAGAUGUACCUGGACCUGCAGGGGAUGAAGUGGGCUGAGAACUGGGUCCUGGCCCCGGGGCUUCUGGCCUAUGAGUGUGUGGGCACCUGCCAGCAGCCCCUGGAGCCCCUGACCUCCAAGUGGCUGUUUCUGGGGCCGCGGCAGUGCAUCGCCUCGGAGACGACCUCGCUGCCCAUGACUGUCAUCCUCCAGGAGGGAGGCAGGCCCAGGCCCCAGGUGGUCAGCCUGCCCAAUGUGAGGAUGCAGAAGUGCAGCUGCGCCUGGGAGGGGGCCGUGCUGAGGAAGCUGGAGCCGUACCCCGGCGCCCUCGGCGAGCUUCCAGUCCAGGCGCCGAGGCCACUGGCUCAGUGGAAACACCGUGCUACCCGGCCCCGGAGACACGCCGCGCUCAGCGAGCCGGGCCAGAUCGGUGCCCCCGGCGGCCUGGGACCCGGAGAGCCGCUGGAAACACUGCGAUCUCCCUUUGGGGCCAAACGGAGCACCUCGGGGCUUUCAGGGUCCCGGCUGCUUAGAGCGGCGGCGCAGUCGCGGGCUGUCGCAGCGGCCCCGGCGGCCGAGGUGCAGGAUGAGCCGGCCCAGCUCCCCAUCCUCCCACUGCCCCGGGCGGGCCUCAGAGCCCGUCGAGGACAUUCAGUGCCAUCCAGGGACGAUCAGGACGUGUGCAGAUGCUCUCCCCUCGCGUCCCCGGGCCGCGAACCCCUGUUCUUGGCCCGGGUCUCCCCGAGGUGCCCGGGGAAUGGGGACGUGCGAGGGCCGAGGAGAGGAAUUCGCCGAGGCGGCGCCCUCCUCGGCCCCUGGACGCCAGCAGACGGCCGGGAGGAGCCGCGCGGGCUGAGCGGCCGCCCUGGGGCCGGGCCGGGGCGGAGCAGGGCCGAGGGGCGCACGGCCCGGGGCGCGGGUGGCGGCGUCUGGGCGGACAGCGGCGCCGGGGGAGGCUCCAAAUUGGGCAAGCCUGGUGGGGACCCCGCCCCGCCCGGCCAGGUGGUGCCAGAUAACUUCCCCAGGCCGGGCCAGCCGCGCGACCGCUGCAGGGCUGACCCCUCCUUCUUCCCCUCCCCGCUCUCUGGGGAUUUGUCUGCUGGAGUCUGA